ACAUGGCGGACGCACGACCACCGUGACUACGGGGACUUUAUCGCCAAAUUGCGAAUUCAAGUGCACCGAAAUCGCCACCGCCGAAAAAAGCGCUGACCGCAAGCGAACGACCUCCCUGAUGACCAGAGGACGUGUCAGCAAAGGAUGAAGAUCCGCCUGCACUGACUGUCCUGUGCUGCUGUCGUGGUUGGUGGCGCUACGCCCAUUCCUCAACAUGGCAACCAUGUCCGAGCGAGAGAUGUGCCUCGAGAUUGAACGGGACCUGAACCGCCUCCUGCUGGCCUCCACGAAUCGAAAUCAGCCGCCAGAUGUCACACAACACAACGACAGACCACCACCCACGUUGCCGCCCCAGCCUGCAUUGCCCACUCAGCCUUUAGCACAACUUCAUCCUGUACAGGGCUUGCCAUCAGUGAACACAUCAUCUGUAGUCCCAUUUGCAUUCACCGCCUGCAACACUGCUCAUGACGAAGUUGAUUGCCGACAGAAACUGGCACGGCUCCCGCAGAAGUCGGGGAAACGCGAACGACGGAAAAAUGCCUCCGGUGGAAAGAGGGACUUCAGGCCAGUCGAAAACGACGUGAAUGUGCUGCCACCCAUGGAAGGUGCUGAGGAGGUUCCAGUGUUGACAGGCCUUGCAAAUUUGAAGGACUGUAACUUAGUCUCCAAAGGAGGUAGCAUCGUACAGGGUGAAAUUGGUGCUGGUGCAGGCGCUCCUUUGAAGGCAGAAGAGCGCGUACAGCACAAGGCCAAGCCUGUUGCAACCGGGCGCAAGUCACCUGGCCUGAAGAACAACAGCAGGGGUUCACGGAAAGUCUGCGAAGAAGUACCAUUGACUGCUACUGCUUGGCCUUGUGCAACCGACCCAAAGGCCUUUCUGUUUCUACAGGACCUUGAGAGGCAGCUUCUUGAGAGCCCACCUAGAUUGCAUGAGAAUCGCCGCCUGAAUCCACCCCGAAAGGCCUUAGGUCCUGCCCCUUCACACCGGAAUGGUGGCCGUCAUGAUAGCUACAGUAUAUGUGAGGACAGGCUGGAGAUAUUCAAGCAGCACAGGGUUCUCCCUUUGAAGAAGAAAUCCAAGCGUUUCCCAAGGGCGCAGUUUUACUGUCACCUUUGUCAUCGACACUUCGACGACAUGUGGUAUGUCGAAAAGCAUUUGGACCAGGAGCAGCACGCUACCAAGAAGCUUGUAAACGACUUGCGGGUGGCAGUCAAGAACCUUCCCUACCCAGUUGAUGUCCAAUGUGACGCGAUUAGUGCUGUGGUCGAGAAGGUUGUGCAGGAGCACAGUUUGACUGUGGAGGAGGUUGAACUGCGGAAGAGAGUAGCCAAUGACCUGGAAACAUUUGUCAAGGCAACAUUACCAGAUGUCAAGCUCAACCUGCAUGGUUCGUCAGUGAGUGGGUUUGGCUUGAAGACGAGCAACGUCAACAUGGACUUGUCUCCACUUGGGAAAGCGGACUGUGCCCAGCUCUUUGUUGGCACAGGUGACCUCCUUCUGGAGUGCCCCAAGUAUACCCAAGUGACGAAGGACUACCUGUCCAAGGUGCCGCGGAUACGCUUCAAGGAGGUCGACAGCAAGCUCUCUUGUGAGAUCAGCCUCAACAACUCCAACUCGCAGAAGACUUCAAAGCUCCUCGAUGACUAUGCCUCGCUCGACAGGAGGGUUAAAAUUCUGGGAGUCGCUUUUCGGCUAUGGGCCAAGCUUUGUGGCUUGGACCAGCAAGAUCGGGGCACGCUGCCGCCACAUGCAUUUGCCAUCAUGACAGUGUUCUUUUUGCAACAGUGCAAGCCUGCUGUGCUGCCUGUUUUGCAUGAGAUGAAAGAUGGCAAGGAAUCUGAGUCAUACCUAAAGCCUAAAGAUCUGGAAGGUCGGUGGAGCUGCAAGAAUGACCGCAGCAUAGGCCAGCUGUGGGUGGAGCUCCUGCGUUUCUACGCCGCUGAGUUUAAGCUCAACAAACGUGUGGUCUGCAUCAGGCGGUCACAGCCUAUGCUUAUUGUGGAGAAAAAGUGGAACAAGCGCUACAUUGCCCUUGAAGACCCGUACUCGUCCAAGCGGAACCUUGCCCGCUCGAUUCCCAGCGAGCGAAUGUACCUGUUCCUCAAACGCUGCCUCUGCACCUCGGCCAUCUACUUCUUGCAGCCGCAACUGCAUGCAGGUCCCAUGUUCACCCAUCUUCCAGGCCCGCCUAUGUACACCGAGAACUCCGAGUCUGACUCCGAGUCUGACCAGGAAGAUGCGAAUACCAAGCGAAAGCAACGACAUGACUCGACAGAUGAGUUGGCCGGAGCCAAAGCAUCUGACGAUGAAGAUGAGGAAGAGGACGACGAUGAUGCCAGCAGCUGCUCUUCGGGUCCAGCCCACGACACAGAUGAGCACGACCCGGACCUUUCGUUUGCCGAGGUCUCAAAGGUCAUCACCAACCUAGACCUUGGGGCAGACCCAGCUAAGUCAAAGAGUCACAAGAAGAAAGAAGCGCCACAGCAGGCUGCUGUGCCACCGCCGCCACCUGUUCAAGUGUUUGUGAAGCCAGGGCCGCCGAUACCUCAGCGGAUUCUGGAUGACCUUGACAUGUGCACUGCUGAAGACUUCAGCUACAGCUUUUCGCGGAAGACACUGGCCAAUGGACGGUUGCCUCCUGUUAUCUGCUCCUUUUGCCAGAAGAGUGGGCAUUUGCAUGAGGACUGUCCUGAUCAUCGGCUUCCUGAGCUGAAGCGGCUGCCAGACAUGACGAGAAAUUACACCAAGAUACUCAACGAUGUCUGCCAAGAUGUGAUCAAUGCGUGUUCUCCUGACUCAGAGGAGGAGACGUGUCGUCAACAGGUUCUCCACGAACUUGAGUCAUUCAUCCGUGAGCUGUACAAAGAUGCCAAGCUCACGCUCUAUGGCUCUUCAUGCAAUGGGUUUGGCCUGGUACGGAGUGAUCUUGACAUCUGUCUUACUUUUGAGAGUAGCAAGGACGGCAAGGACCUUUGCCAUGCAAAGAUGAUUAAGGAUCUUGCGAAAAAGCUCCACACACACAAGGACUUGGACAAGAUCAUUCCCAUCACUACGGCCAAAGUGCCCAUCGUCAAGUUCUACCACAAACCAAGUCGUCUUGAGGGCGACAUUAGCCUCUAUAACACAUUGGCGCAACACAACACGAGGCUCCUGAAGGUGUACAGCAAGAUUGAUGAGCGGGUCCGAAUACUUGGUUACACUUUUAAGCACUUUGCAAAGAUCUGUGACAUUGGUGACGCGUCUCGGGGAAGCCUGUCCUCGUAUGCGUACAUCCUCCUGACAAUCUAUUACCUGCAGCAGUGCAGCCCACCGGUUAUUCCUGUGCUCCAGGAGUUGUAUCCAGAAAAGGACCGGAAACCUGAAGUCAUGGUUGAAGGAUGGAAUGCGUGGUUUUUUGAUGACCUUGAACGUCUGCAAUCUGUCUGGAGUGAGUUUGGGCGCAACAACGAGGAUGUUGGUGAGCUGUGGCUAGGCAUGCUCAGGUUCUACACAGAAGAGUUCAACUUCCAAGAGCAUGUUGUGAGCAUUCGACAGAGGGCACCUCUGACCAGACUUCAGAAGAUGUGGACAUCCAAGUGCAUAGCCAUCGAAGAUCCUUUCGACCUGGACCACAACCUUGGUAGCGGAGUGUCUCGGAAGAUGAACACGUAUAUCAUGAAGGCCUUCAUCAAAGGACGGUCCCACUUUGGAACACCCAUACGCAAGCUUCCUGCAGCCUAUACUACAUUCCUGGCAUACUUCUUUGACCACCGGCAGCUUGUUGAUGGACCACCACCCAAUGAUCGCGGUUGUCGCGUGUGUGGCAAGAUUGGCCACCGCAUGAAAGAGUGUCCAAAGCGUCAAAGGAACAAUGGGGGCAAGGAGAAAGACGCAACUGCUGGGGGCAAUCGUCCCAUGUGGGCGCCACAGGACCCAAGUGGUGGGCCCAGGAACUUCAAGUUCCGGCCGCGGCCGAAUCCACAGAAUCUGGACCCAGAGGAGAUGGAUGCGGAGCAGCUGAACCUGGAGCAUCUGAAUCCACAGAGGGUGAAUCAGCCGCAGCUGGGCCCCAUGUUGCACCGGAGGCCACGAGCCGGACCAGGAGCACCGCCCCGUCAGGCGAGAAAUCGUGCGCAGGAUGACCAGCGCCAUUCUUCGCAUCACCAGCAACAGGCACAGCACCAGCAGCAACCGCAGGGUGCUCCAAGCGAGGGUCAUGCAGGUCAUCCUGGUCUUGCUCCCGAAGUGCCGCACGGGGGCGUUGCACCGCCAGGGGUCGCCCAGGCACAGCUCCAGAGGACGCUGCAGAACAUGGCAACGGCAGGUCUCCAGAUGGGAGCUGCCCCCCGCUGCUUUGUUCCGCACAUGGGCACGCCGCCGGCUUUCAUUUCGGCACCGCCCCUUCGCCCACAAGGGUUCCCGGGUGCCAAUGGCCAGACACCGCCCCACCCUGACGUGCAGGCCCUGCUGCUGAGGCUGCAGCAACAGCAGCCACCGCAACAGCUGCCGCAGGACAUGGGACCCCAGCGAUAUGGCCAGUGGCAGCCGAUGGGUCCGCCGUCAAGGCACAACAUGCCGCCAUCAUGGCCUCCGAACCUACCUCCUCAUGGCCAGGAAGCUCCGCACCAUUUCAGUGGCUUUCUCGGACCGAGGGGGCCCCACAACCUGCCGCCACACCCGGCAGCAAUGCCCCCACCACCAAAUCAGCAGCAGCCCUUUCUCUGCGGGCCCCCUUCGAAGCCGCCAUUUGGUGCGAUGCCAAGCCAGCCGGUCUUCCCUGGAGCACUGUGCAGUGACCAUGCAUCACAGCAAUGGGACCCCUCAUCACAUGGGAGCCACGAUGUGAAGUCUGUGCCGUCCCAAGAUUAGAGAAUCUCUAAAAGAGCUUUUUUCCCCACCCGACCUUUACUUGUGACAAAUUUCUUCCUUCUACCCCUUUCCUGUGGUGAUGCUUGUUCCCAAAGACUGAUGCCUCAGGCAUCCAUUGACAAGCCCCCCGACUCAUACAUUCUUCUCGUUUUAAGUUCUUGGAUUAGUACCCUGGACAAAAAGACUGUGUCAAUUUGAUUGAUGGUACAAUGCUGUGUAAACUGCCUGUUUAUGUUUCUUACAAUUGCUUAGGAUUGGGUUGUCAGGGUGCAGGGUGGUUAGAGAAGGAGUUACCACUUUUCAAGCAAGAGUUGGCUGCCUUUCUUUUUUUUAUUGUGCCACUUGUUGAGCAAAGCUCAAUUUUUUUGACAGUGUAUACCAUUGUCAAAAGCGAGAUACAUUUCAGGUUUUUGCAUGCUUCCAGGAUAUGUCGGGGCAACUGAUGGACAUGCAUGUAAGGAAUGGCUUUUUUUUUUUCAUUUUCGCAUUCAUUGUUUUAGCUUAGCUACUGACGAUCAUGGGGACUGACUGGCAAUGGUACUAGAAUGUUAUCACUUGGUGCCUUCCCAAAGUUAGCUUUUUUUCCUCGCUUAACAGAUAUCAUUGUUUCUCAUGCAAAAUCUUGUCAGGUCAUCAAGACAUGGCAAAACAUAGUUUUAGCAUUCUUAUUUACAUUCUUCUGUCACACUUUCAAUUUGGGAUUUUUAGGUCAAAGCAUAGCUUCCCCUUUGACUUGCCCCGUUUCUCAUCCCUUGCAGUGAUGCUCUCGAGUAGGAAGUUGUUUCAAUGUGAUCACGUGAUGAUGUGGUAACAAGAAGCUGUCACAUUUGAUUUGGCUUGUGAACGGAGCUCUCUGAGUAGUGUCAUUACUAGCACUGUGACAGUAAUUGCAGCUAAGUGUUGUAGUCAGCGCUGCGCGAGGAAUCUUUCAUUCUGGGCAGUAUUCUGAAAACAAAAAGGUGUUUCUUCAGCCAGCAUUUGGUGGUGGUAAUUGUGGUUGAGAAAAUCAGUUUCCUUGUAAUGAUAUUAUAAAGAUAGCAAUUGUAAAAGGAAGUGUGUUCAGAAUGUAUCGGGGCGGGCAGUUCUUGUUGAGUGCUCCACUUGUCUUAACCGUGGGCUGGGGCUGUCCAGCCUCCCUCGGCAUUGUGCGUCUUUUGUAAUUAUACAACCCAAUCAUUUUCAUCAGAUGCAUUCGAUCUCAAGGCCACUGUGUUGUUGACAUCUUGUGUCAUGUACCAAGUACAAGUCUUUGGAAAACAUAACUCAUGCGUGAGCAGUUUGACAUACCAUGCCAACACAGAUUUUGACACAGUGCACGGUGCCACACGUCAUGGUGGUGCUGGAUGGGGUUUAUUGAUUUUAAUAAAAUUCAUCAUCAGGAUUUUAUGGUGGACAUUUGUGUAAGCCAUGUCAUGUACAUGGUGCCAUGAAGGCAAGAAAAGUGUGUAAUUGUCAUUUCUUGUAAAUAUGUGAAGAACUUCAAAAGCACAUAAGUGGCCUAAACAAUGUUCCCCCCUGCCAAUAACUCUGAACGAUUGUAGUAAAAUAUGUAAGUAAAGAGAAAUUCAAGCAUUA